CUCUGCAUCACCACAUGGACGUUGAAGCUAACGUUGAGCUACCGGUAUCGCUACAAAACUUGUCAACGUGUGUGGAAGAUGCUCCCGAGUGCCUUGCACAAGGAAGUAGCGACUGGCAAAGCGCUGCCCUUCAGGCUACUAAAUUCGUGUUUGACCUAGCCAUCUCCUCUGAACAUCUGUCACUUCCUCCCUUGACCACUCUGUUAUCCUCUCUUACGCCUGCACACGCACCCCAGACCAGAUCUCAAACACGCGCUAAUGCCAAGCGCAAGCGAAGUUCAAGUCCUUCAGAUGCUUGGCCCAAGAUUCAACUUCAAAAAACGCCACUACCGUCUUUGCAUGUGGAUAGAAUGUCGGAGGAACAGAUAUGGACACAACUUGACCUGCGUGCCUCUCAUAUAUGUCAGAUGCUCAGCCUUUUGGAAGAGGAGCCGAUGUCGAAGGCCGAGGGAACUGAUUCCUCCAGCCUUUCUUCUCAGUUAGAUGCUCUCGAAGACGGUUUCAUGGAUGAAGGAGUGGACUCUAGUGCCAGCGAUGACGAUUCUAGCGGACAAGAAGAUCCAGGUCAAGCAGCAGCUCGGGAGGAAUUUGUUGACCUUCAUGACUCUAGUGACGACGAACACGAAGCAAACGGCUUGAACAACAGUCAUCCUGAUAUCAUUUCGCCAGUGCCCUCGCCUCGUCAAGUUAAAAAGAUAGGCAGUCAAUCAAAUCUGGACGAUGGCUUUUUCCACCUGGCGUCUUUCAAUGCCGAAACGGAAGAAGCUGAAGCCCACAAAGUGACAAGAGGAAGGUUAGGGGACGAAGGCAAUUCAGAAGACUCCGACGACUCCGACGUGGAUCUAUUUCUCGAUGAGACGGCCAACAUGUACGACGAAGCAGCUAACGACGCGGAGUUGUACUACAAUGACUUCUUCGACCCUCCUUCAAAUAUGAAAACCCCCAAAGCAUUUUCAAAUCGUGUAGGACAACCGACUCAAAAAUCGCAAUUUUCAAAAGUCCGUUUCCAUGAGGAAGUCAAGGUGAAGAGUAUCAAAGCCAAAGGCAAAGGUAAUCCAGUUACAUCGAUUUAUGAUGACCCCGGCCUGGACGACGAUGGUGAAGAUGUUGACGAGGUCAACUACCCUUUCUUUGGUGGGGAAGAUUCUUUGGAAGACUUAACCGCAUUGGGCGGGUUCUCCGACGAUUACAGCGAAAACGAGGAUGAGGAGGGUGAUAAUGGAGAUGAAGAGCUCGUUGACGAGCCAGGAGAUCGUCUUGCUAUAGAGCGAUUGAGAGAUGACUUAUUCGGGGAGGAGGAAAAGUCGGGAAAGUCUGAAGACGGGUUGACCUCUCACGAACAGCGCAUACGAGCCAUUCAAGCUCAAAUACAAGAACUUGAGGCCGAAAACGUUGCCAAAAAGCACUGGACGUUGAUGGGCGAGGCGAGCUCAAAAGCCAGACCACAUGCUUCGUUACUUGAGGAAGACUUGGAUUUUGAACGCGCUGUCAAGUCUGCACCAUUGGUGACCGAAGAGCUAGUUCGUAGCCUGGAGGAUACAAUCAAGAAAAGAAUUGCAGACAGCAGAUACGAUGAUGUCGCCCGCAGACGGCCCAUGGAUGACAAACCGUUCCUACCCUCGCGAUUCUUUGAACUUCAGGAUACCAAGUCCGCUCAAUCUCUUGCCCAGAUUUACGAGGACGAAUAUGUCAGAGCGCAGAAUGGCUCGGGGGACGAUCGAGACGGUCGGCUCAAAGCGGACCAUGAUGAGAUUCAACAGCUAUGGGAUGGUAUCUGCAAUAAACUUGAUGCUCUCUGCAACGCCCACUACGUUCCUAAGCAGCCGAAGGCAUCCAUCACCACGGUCUCUAAUGUUCCGGCUGCAACCUUGGAAUCCGCACUACCCACCUCAAGUUCGGCCUCAGCCAUGCUAGCUCCUGAGGAAGUAUUUGCAUCGUCGGCCAGUGCGAUUCGUGCCCGCAGUGAGCUUACACCUAUUGAGAAGAGGGCGCUGCGCACGAAGGAACGAAAGGCCAGGAAGAAAGCUCGAGACGCAUUGGAUCGAGGCGUGGACAAGUUUUCGAAACUCAACGGUGCUAAGUCGGUGAAGAAGCAGAAGGAAGAUGCCCUUAAGAGCGUAGUCAAGAGUGGUAAAGGGGUGACUGUUGUCGGAAAGAAAAACAAGGACCUGGCUGGUGGAAAGGAACGUCACAAGCGAUGACUUUGACUGUGUUGUACUAACAGCUCUUUGGGUUGUACGUAGUGACUCUAUUAUGUAAAAGCGUAGUCAACGCCGCUACAGUGAUGU